GCUAGCGUCACCCCGCGCGCUCGCCGCUCCGCGCCGCGCUGCGCUCCUCCGCUACGUCGCGUUCGCACCGCGACUCGCGAACUCCAUCAUUAAACUUGCAAAGUUUAAUGAUAAAUUAUAUUAAUAAAACCCGGCACAUCUACUCCUUACUUUAAUCAUAUUGAGACAAUUUUACACAAAUUUAAAAGUUUAAUCGCAACUUAUGAGUUAAAGAAUUGAAAAAUAGAAGUAUUCUUAAGUUGUUACAAAUACGUUCAUAUCUAGCAUAUAUAGAUAAAGUUAUUUUAUCUCAGUGAAUCUAAAACAAACUAUACAGUGUCUGUGAUCAUAUCAUUGAUAAAUUAUAAAAUGUGUACACAAAAUAGUUAAUAUGCAGAAUUCCACUCGAUUUUUGGACCUGUCCACGGACCCCAAACUGCAGUUGCUCAAUAGACUUAUAAAAGAAUGUUUUAGAGGAAAUGUUACUCACAACACACAGCUUGCUUCAGUACAUCCAACUGGUAAUGUGCCCUGGUGUCCGCGAACUUUCGACGGGUUCGCCUGCUGGGACGAGACGCCGCCCGACUCCACGGUGUUACAGCCUUGUCCUGACUUUGUUGUUGGCUUUGACUCUCGUCGCUUUGCCUAUAAAACAUGCACCGAGAACGGGACUUGGUUCACACACCCCCAGGCUGCCUCCCCUUGGACCAAUUACACCUCGUGUGUGGACAUGGAGGACUUGAACUUCCGCAACGUAGUGAACAACAUUUACAUAGGAGGAUAUUCGAUUUCAGUCGCUGCUUUGCUACUUUCAAUUUUCGUGUUUAUAUACUUUAGGACGCUGCAGUGUACACGAAUACGUAUUCAUAUACAUCUAUUUACCUCUUUUGCACUCAACAACAUUCUAUGGAUAGUUUGGUACAAGACUGUCGUGAACAAUGUCACCGUGGUCCAGAAUAACGAGGAUUGGUGUCAAGUUCUUCAUAUCAUCACCAACUAUUUCAUGGUCACCAGUUACAUCUGGAUGUUCUGUGAAGGACUGCAUCUGCAUAUAGCUCUCGUUGUUGUAUUUGUAAAAGACGAGGUGGCGAUGCGAUGGUUCGUGUGCCUCGGCUGGGGCCUGCCCCUGGUCAUCGUGGUUGUUUACGCUAUCGUCCGCUACCAAUUACCUGGCGCCACUGACCGGUGCUGGAUGGAUCAAAGUGAUGCAUUCUGGAUCAUUACCAUCCCAGUAGUAAUUUCUCUAUUGGCCUCCUUCGUGUUCCUGAUAAACGUGGUGCGCGUGCUGCUGACCAAGCUACACCCUGCUCCCAACCAGCACUCCUCACAGGCCGCUAGGAAAGCCACUAGGGCCGCCCUCAUUCUCAUUCCCCUGUUCGGGCUCCACUUCGUGCUGAUUCCGCUACGGCCGUCACCCGAGACUCCGGGAGAGAAGGCCUACCAAGUCGUAUCAGCUCUCCUCACUAGCUUGCAGGGUCUGUGCGUAGCCGUACUCUUCUGCUUUACAAACCACGACGUGAUGGUGGCGACCAGGACGCUUCUCGCCAGGGUCUUCCGGACCAAUGAUGCCAUCGCUCUGACGGGAAUCACAGGAGGAGAAAGUUUAAUGAAUACAAGGGAAAAUAUAGUGUAAGAAUCAACAUAGUUUGGUUGUUUAACAAUAUAAUUACGACUACGCAAAGCGUGUAUCUCUGCAAUGAAAGAUUACUACAGUAAUAUUACUAAAAUUAUCAUCAUUUCUUUAACUUUCGAUAUAUUACAAGUAUAGUAGUUUUAUCAUGUCACAAUUACAAAUGAAAUUACGUCUCAAAUUAUGAUGUUUCAAUAGCUAAUAGUUGGUAUUAAUUAUCAUCUGCCUAAAAGAUAAAAUUUAGUUAGCGUAUGAAUUAUUCAAUUUAUUAUUGAAUGGGUAUGGGACCCAUUCAAAACCUCUUGAUUCAUAAAAAAAUAUAAUUGUGCAAUCGUCAAAUAGAUCCCAUAAUAGUAAUAAGGUUAAAUAUAAUAAUAUCUAUAAAAAAUUUUAGUCUAUUUGUUUUUUCUUUGCUUCAAAAUGGCGUGAGGUGAAUAUUGUUAGAAAGUAUAGUAGUGAAAUGAGAUUGAAGAAAACCGAUUUUAGCUAGAACACGUAGCUACGUAUUAUUUUUUUAUGAAUAAUAGGUACCUAAUUGUAAUUAAUUGUUUCAUCAAAAUAUAUUACCAAACAUUUUAUAGGUAUAAUAUAAAUAAAGAUAUGUGACCCACCGAUUCCUUUAUAUAAAUUUACCAUUUAUUACAUGUGCCAUUAUAUCUAAAUAAUUAUCAUAAUAAUAAAGAAUAUCUAGGUAAAUUCGAAGAAUCGUUCUUCUAAUGCAGCUGAUUAUAGAAAAGUGUAAGCGAUUUGUUUUACCAUGUGCUAUACAAAACAGGAAUCAGUCACUAAUGGUCUGGGGUGGGUCGACGAUAUUUGACAACAUGCAGUUAUCUCUCAUCGUCGCGUGUUCCCGGUUACAUAUGGCGCUGUGACUCCCAGGUUACGCGAAAAAUGUCAGUCAAUAAUUUUGGGGAUAAUAAUCCCUCUUUGGGGAUGCUAUUAUUAUUACCUAUCAAAUGUUACGUAUCUUAGUCGCCUUGUACGACAACCACGGCAGGUGGCCAAAUUCUAGGACGAGAAUUUAUCCCGCAAAUGCAGCCUAUUGCCAGAUAUCGUCGACCAAAUCUCAUCUGAGGAUUUCCUGGUGGUCUGGCGUGAGCACG